UUCAUUAAUUCAGUCAGUCAGUCAGUCAUUCAUUCAUUCAGUUACUCAGUCAGUCAGUCAGUCAGUCAGUCAAUAUGUCCAUGUUCCAGUCCAGGACCCUCUCUCUGGCCUUCCUGAUCACCAUGUGUGUGUACCUCGCCACUGUGUCUGCCAACUAUCGUCGGCCCAGUAAGGUGACCACAAAUUGCUGCACAAGUGUGUCUGACACUCCCAUAAAAUUUGACCUGAAAGGAUACCGGAUCCAAAACUCCAUGCCACCCUGUGUUAAUGCCAUCAUCUUCUACACAGUGAAAGACGAGAAGAUCUGCUCUGAUCCCAAAGCAGCCUGGGUCGACAAGAAAAAGAAAGGUUUAAAAGUGAUGAAAAAGUGAAGGAGCCAUGCUUGACCGUGUCUGGAGCCUUCUGUACUGUCGAUCUGCCUCCCCCUACAAGCCUUCUGUACUGUAGAUCUGCCUCCCCCUACAAGCCUUCAAGCCCUUUCAACCAUCAUAGAAUAGUUUUCAGCAUGUUUUCUUUUUCUGUUAUAUUUUGAUUAGUGUAUCUUGUCAUUAGGACCUAAACUUUGUUCUGUGUUAAUGGAUUGAAUAAUAUAUAUGUUUUCAAAAUAUAUUUCCUUAAAAUA